UCAGUCCGUGUCUGUAUAAAGUCUCUCUGAACUGAUGGCGAAUGAUCAGAAACCAGCAGCUCGAGGAACUUCAGCAGUCUUUUCUUAUAAACUCUUAUUAAUGUUCGUUCUGACGAUGUUUCGUGUGUUUUCGGCUGUUCUGCUGCUGUGUGUGUGCGGUGUGUGUGUGCGCGUGAGCGCGGAGCGCGCGGGAGAUUUCGGAGUGAAACUGUGCGGCCGUGAGUUCAUCAGAGCCGUGAUCUUCACCUGCGGAGGCUCCCGGUGGAGGAGGAGCGCGCACGAGCCCGGUACUGCUCACCUUCAUCAUCCUCAUCCUCAUCAUCCUCAUCCUCAGCUACAGGGUCUGCUGCUGCUGGACGCGUUUCAGGACGCUGUGGACACAGAGCGCGCGCUCAGCCCGGAUACAGAGACGUCUCUCGCGGAGCUGCUUCCGGUGAUGAUGAGCGACGGACCGGAGACGCUCGAGCGGACGCGUCCCGACCGGCGGAAGCGGAACUUCUCCAUGGGACUGGCGGGAAUGUGCUGUAAUCAGGGCUGCACCAAGAACGACAUCGGCCUCCUGUGCUGAUGAUGAUGAUAAUGAUGAAGGACUGAACUGUUUGAUCGUCCCAGUGAUUCAUUUCUGUUUAUUUAUUUCACAUCUGUUCAUAUGACCACAUGAAUAAACAACUUCUUGAUUGCAA